AUGUGCUGUAUAUUUGCGAAAAUGGUUCAAAUGUUCAUCUACGCUAAUAUGGAGACUAUCGGGUCCAUGUAUACCCAACAGAUGUUCGAUCUGACCCGUACUGAGACCACUCAGUUCAACUCGAUUUUGGUCUCGUUGUCCGGAUUUGUCGGCUUCGCAUUCCUUCUAACAUACGUUUGGACGAAAUUGGGGAAACGGAUCGACAACCGUAUCGGAGCAAUCAUAGGCGUGCUGAUUUGUGUAGCAUUUCUUUUCACCACUUACUCGUGGUGGUUUUACACCGAAAACAUCGAACAUGACGGCUGUCAUUCACCAUGGUGCGCCACCACCCCAAAAAUACCUUGGGAACUCUACGCUGGCUCCUACGUGAUCGUAUUCGGUGUCGGAUUUGCAAUGAUGAACGUUCACUUGGCUUCGAUGUGUUGGGACCGCGACGACAAGGCACCAUGCAUGGCAUCAACACGCUUCUGGCCAGUUGCAGUCGAGUGCUGGGACCCGUUGCAGUCACUGACAUGUUCGGCUAUUUUGGUCCGCAAGUCGUCUGGAUUUUUCAACUUGGAGUUUGGGCCGUGUUACUGUCCGCCAUGGCAGCUUGCUUAUAAGCGACUAGUGCCUCUAUACAUACCUCAGCAACAACAGGAAGACUCGGAUGUGGAUGACGAUGUCAAGAAAACCAAUCGAUAUCGAUCAAUAGUUGACCCAUAA